AUGCUGCAGCAGGUGGGCCCCCCCCACCCAGACCCUGAAAGGGCCCCCGCUCUACCCCUGCAGCACGAGGAGGGAGAGGCAGCUGCAACGCAGCAGCAGGUGGGGGGCCCCCCUCAUUUUUCUUUGCAGGAGCAGCAGGAGGCCCCUCUGUCUGCUGCUGAUAAGCCUCUGGGUGUAUAUCCUACCGACAGGUCUAACGACAGCACGGGCUUCUCUCCUGCUGCAGCAGCAGGGCUGAUAAGCCUCUGGGUGUAUAUCCUACCGACAGGUCUAACGACAGCACGGGUUUCUCUCCUGCUGCAGCAGCAGGAGCAGCAGCAGCAGCAGCAGCAGCAGCAGCAGCUGAGGAAGAAGCUGCGACGCAGCAUGCAGGUGCAGCAAUGA